AUGCCCAAAGAAAACAAACACAGUCGGGGUCGGCGGAAGGGGGAGAAAGACAAGAAGCGCAAAAGAGACACCGGCGACGAGGAAAUCGUCCUCCCUAAACGUCAAAAGUCCCAAGACCUCGAGGACCCCUCCGAUGGAGUCCAGUUCAUGAGGUUAGGAAUCGACGACUCAAUCCUACCACAAGAUGACGAGAAAGCGCCCGCGACCGAAAGACCUUUUUAUGGUAUGCUUGAGGAUGAGGAGCAGGAAUACUUUCGCCGCGCAGACGAACUUCUCGAGCUUAACGACUUCCCGUCCGAUGAAGAGCGAACGCUGUUUCUCGAGAGUGUGUAUAAGGAAGCCGAGGGCAAGGAAUUGAAAAUUGCUUGUAGUCAGAGUUGCUCGCGGUUGAUGGAAAGGUUGAUACUGUUGAGUACGAGUGCGCAGAAGAAGAAGCUAUUCGGGGUGUUUGCUGGAAAUUUUGCGCAUCUGGUACAGCAUCGCUUUGCAAGCCAUUGCGCUGAAAUGCUGUUUAUUCAGAGCGCUCCGGUGGUUACAAGAGAAUUGACUGGAGACGAGGAGGUAGCAGAGAGGAAGGAAAAGGCAGAAGGAGAUGCGGAUGAUACUGAGGAUCCAGAGAGUUUGUCCAUGGAGAGUUUGUUUCUGGCAACAUUGGAUGAGCUGGAGGGACAGAUGACAUUCUUAUUGACGGAUCGAUUUGCCUCGCAUACACUGAGAGUAUUGCUGGUUAUAUUGUCUGGCAGAUCACUGGAGAAGAGCUCGACAAAUUCUCUGCUCCAGAGCAAGAAGAAAGAGAAGGUCGUGGUUGCGAAUAUGGCCGCAGCACCAACCGAAUUGUCUUUGAACAAGCGCGCAGUUCCAGAAUCAUUCCAGUUCGCAGUCGAAAAGAUUAUCUCGGAUACCAUUGCGAUGAUGGAUCCUACCUUUAUUCAAGUUCUUGCCACACACCCUACAGGCAAUCCUAGCUUACAACUCCUUCUCGAACUCGAACUCACGAAUCCAAACUCCAAAAAGGGCAAAAAUUCUGAUCAGAAAACCAUCAUAUCUGCUCUCCUGCCAGAUGAAGUGGGCGAGGAGGGGAGCGCGGCAUCUGUCUUCAUCAAUGGUAUCAUAUAUGAUGCAAUUGGAUCUCGUCUACUCGAAACCAUAUGCACGCAUGCUCCAGGGAAGCUGUUUAAACAAAUAUACAAAACCACUUUCAAAGAGCGUAUCGCAGGAUUAGCAAGGAACGAGAUUUCAAGUUACGUCGUUAUGAAGGUGCUGGAGCGGAUAAGCAAGGAAGAUUUGGUGGACGCUGUUGAGCAGAUAGCACCCCAGAUUAUGGGCCUGGUUGAGCGAUCACGGACUGUCAUCAUCAAGACCUUGAUGGAGAGAUGCCAUGCCAGAAAAGCGCAUGCAUCUGUGGAGGCUUUGACAAACGCCAUUGCUUCCUCAUAUGGCUCCGAUCCCAAUACCUUGGUUCUGAAGAUGGCUUGCAUUACUAAUGUGGAUGCCCUCAUCAAAGCUACUUCUACCACAUCCAAACCAGGAGAGGAGACACCAGAAGUACAUGAACAAACCGAGAAGACUGGAACUGUACUGAGGUCUAAGUCGAAGAAAGCUACAGAGCAAGCAUUGAAACCCACGCCUCAACAAACUCAUGGCUCACUUCUCGCUCAAAGUCUACUCGCAAUCCCUGGACCACCAUCAACUUUGAUCCAAAGCUCCUUGUUAUGCCUCCCACAACCAACACUUCUCGCACUCGCUCUUUACACACCAACAUCCCAUAUCAUCCAAUCGGCCCUCAACCCAAUUACCCCCACCCUUUUCCGGCGAAAAUUCAUCAACACGCUCCUCUUUUCCACAGAGCCAGAAACACCAGAGCUGGACCCUACCCUCAUUCUUGCACUCUCCACGACUGGAUCCCAUACCCUCGAUGCGCUCUUAAAAUCCACAGCGUCCACAGCUCCUCUCUUCAUCUUGUGUGAAAGAGUUCUUCUGACACUUUGCAAUCACGAAGUGGCACUUCGAGAGAAUUUCACUGGUCGGAUCAUUUGGCGAAAUUACCAUCUUGAUCUCUUCAAGCGUCGCAGAGGCGAAUGGGUAAACACAGUCAAAGCCCUUGGAGCAGCCGCGUAUCCUUCGCCAGAACCGGUCAAGAAUGCUGAAGUCGUAGAAGCAACACCCUCUACAAAGACGCAGCUGAAGAACAAGAAGAAAAACAACAAUAGAGAUAAGAAGCAACCUUGGAAAGGAAAUGACGAUGAGUUUGAUGCCAAUGGCAACAAGAAAUCUAAAAUCCAGCUAGCGAGGGAGAGGCAUGCGAAGAAUAAGGCUACAGGAGGAACACCUGGGAAUGCGAAUAAUAUCAAAAUUGGAAGUUCCAGGGUUGGAGCUGCUAAGUCAGGAGAAAAGGAAAAGGGUAUCGAGGAUAUGGUACAUCCCGCAAGGAGAGUCGCUGUAUGA